AUGGGACGCACGCCUAUAGUUCAAAACGUUCAGAGGCUUCAGCAGCAUGAUGAUCUGUUCUAUGAGAUAGUGACACUGAGCGGAAGAGUAAAAGUCUCUGCUUUACUGGACAGCGGUUCGAUGGCAUGUACUCUAAGUGCUAGUCUUGUCCCACAGUUACUGCAGGAGGGUGUUAUAAACCCCACCUUUCAGGAUACGGACGUUGUGUUGAUUGGAUGCGGAGGGUCUAGAACUCUGCCUGUGGGAGUGUGCGAUCUCAACCUGGAGAUGUAUGGCUGCAGCGUGGUUGUCCCCACUCUAGUUGUCAAUGGCCAGAGCGAAGAUCUAAUUAUUGGCAGUAACCUAUUGCGGUAUGUGAUCAGCAGACUUAAAAGGGAUUUCCAGGGUCAGUGCCCUUCAGUGCUCAGCUGCAAGAGUGAUGCAGAACAGAAACUGUUGAGUUUAAUGGCGGGAGUGGAAACUGAGGAUGUCUCAAAUGCGAUCGAUACCUCCACUUUACCGGACUGUCCUCGAUUCAAGCCGUGCCCUGACUCUAGUUCUCUCCAGUCUAGGUUAGGUGAGCUGGGUUUGUCGGAUAUUGAUGUUGAGUCGUGUCAAGUUUCCACCGAUUACAAAACUAAGCUUGCUGAGCUCAUAGUAGAGUACGAGUCGAUUUUCUCCAGAAACAAGCUAGACUGCGGCAAGGCUACUGGUUACCUGCACCGUAUCAGGGUCCUAGAUGAGAAACCUUUUCGGCUCCCAUGCAGGCGCAUACCGCCCACGCAGUAUGAAAAACUGAGACAGGCAUUGGAUGAAAUGGAGGAGCGGGAGAUUAUAAGAAAGUCCAGCAGUGAGUUUGCGUCGCCCCUUGUGUUAGUCUCAAAGAAAUCAGGAGACUUGAGAAUAUGCAAUGAUUUUCGCUGGCUCAAUGCACGCACUGUAAAGGAUGCACAUCCGCUCCCUCACCCUGCUGAUGCCCUAGCAGCUCUAGGGGGUAAUGCCUUCUUCUCAACUAUGGACUUGACCUCAGGAUACUACAAUGUGGAAGUACAUGAGGAGGACAAGAAGUACACAGCUUUUUCAUCACCAUUCGGAUUGUAUGAAUACAACAGGAUGCCGCAGGGCCUUUGUAAUAGUCCAGCAACGUUCAUGAGGAUGAUGUUAAGCAUUUUUGGUGACCAGAACUUUAUGAGUCUUUUAUGCUACCUGGAUGAUGUUUUGGUGUUCGCCUCGAAUGAGAAUCUGGCUCUCGAACGUUUGCGAAUGGUGUUUGAUAGACUGCAGUCCCACAACCUUAAACUCGCACCAAAGAAAUGCAACUUCCUGCGGCGCUCAGUUAAGUUCCUGGGUCAUGUUAUCGGUGCCGAUGGUAUCCAGUCCGACCAUGAUAAAGUUGCUGCCAUAACCUCCUUAAAAGAGUCUGACCUUAUGGAAGAUGGCACUUCAGUCCCCUCACAGCGUAAAGUCUGCUCCUUUCUUGUUGAGGUGGAAGAUCGUGUGUUGUUGGCCAACAAAGGUGAACGUGGGAAAAGAAAGCUCGCUGAUCGUUGGGAAAAUACAGUCUAUGUGGUGGUGGAGAAAAACGAUGAGAGCCACACAUUCAAGAUUCAAAAUCCGAUAAGUGACCCGGACGGGGAUGUAUUGUCACCCGUGUCGAGCUCAGUGGACCUCAGUAGGUCGGCAGUCACUGAGGAAUCCACAAAGUCAGCUGAGUUUCGAACCAGAGCGUGGGUGUCUGGGCUACCAUCAGAUACUGGCAGUGUGACAAGUGUGGAGGAUAGUGUUCUGGAGAACGCUGUUCCAUUGGAUGAGCCGGAGAGUGAUGCUAUGGACUCUAGCCUCCCACGAGCCCCUGACCUAGAGACUGCUAUGGCCCCUGACUUUGACAUGACUGAUGUUCCUGCUGCAGCUUCAGCUGAGGCAGUCCAAGGCUGA